CUGCUGAAGGGCACCAGCUUCAGCGGGCUAUGCACUGAAGCGUCAGCAGCUAUACGGCAGUGGCUUCCUGUGGCCCCCGUCAGACCUACCCUGCAUCCAUUGCUUUUUCCUACCAAUUCAUGCCGAGCAUCUGAGAUCUGGAAAGCGAUUGGAGUCUUGAGAGCUUAGAGUUUGGUCCUCGAGUCUUAUGUCUGAUGUGAGAUUAUCUCAUCAACUCUGCUGUUUUAGCCGCCGAGGCUGUAAGCUGAUAGCGACUGUGCAGUGAUGAGGUGGCGACAGCGUUGACGCUUCCACCCGCUCUAUUUGCAUGAAAGCGACAGAGUUCAAAUCCUGGCGCUUGGCUUGGUCCGAAAUUAGAGUUGCUCUCGAUCUUACCCGCAAGGCCACAAUCGACACCUCCACGGGUCCUCCAUGGCAUCUCCAGCUAGUGCCGCCGUGCGCUUCCUGGCCGGCUCUAAGAAGGCGCCUCAGGGCAUUCUGCAGCUGCGACUGCACGUGAAGCCCGGGGCCAGCAAGAACAGAGAGGGCAUUCAGGCUGUGACUGAAGAGACGAUUGAGCUGUGCGUUGCGGCGCAGGCAAAGGAUGGCGAGGCUAACCAAGCUGUGAUUGAGGUUCUCAGCGAAGCCCUGGACAUUCCAAAGUCGAAGUUGAGCUUAGUUCAGGGCGCAAGAUCCAGAGACAAGACUGUGGUUGUACAAGAGAUUAAAGGCGAUGGAUCUGUCUAUGCUGCGACGAUCCUGGAGCUGCUUCAUAAGGCUAGCUCAGAGACGUGA